GACAUAUCUCACUUUUACUUUCAGAUCACAAUGAAUACUAUGUGGAUGAUGUGUGCAUGUUGCAGCUACUGAAAGGCCUCUGCCUGAAACACUUGGGAAGACUCAUGCAAGCUGAAUUAUGUUUCAAUAAAGUAAUUCAAAGUGAGAAGCAAAUAAAAUAUGACAGUUACUUGGUGCCAUUCACGCUGUAUGAAUUGGGUCUUCUCUACAAACAACAGGAUGAGAGAGAAAAAGCAAUAAGAUACAUAGAAACUGCAAAAAACAACUACAAGGAAUACUCUAUGGAAUCCAGGUUGCACUUCAGAAUUCAUGCAGCACUUGACAGCUUGAGGGUGUCACCUGCUUCAACACCUUAAAAUGAGGAGGGAUGCUUUUCAUGAAAACAAUAAAUAGCCUACACAAUCUUUUUGCAGUCUUUUUUUAAUCAUAGAGAAGAACAUAAUGAUUGUUUUCUGUCACUUUUGAUUUGAUGUAUGUUAUUCCUUUAGAUGUUUUCUCUAUAGCACCUAUACUGUA